UCGACGCAGUUCGGUGGUAGUUUAGUCUCUGCAGCAUGGCUUCUCCUGCUCCAGUCUCACGCUACCUGUAGCUCAGACAGCACCGGGAGCUCACUUUGUCUUUCAUCUGUCAGCGGCAGACAGUAAGAUGCAGCUACGACUGUGCUGACCAGCAGCAGCUCAAACAAGUCACGACACUGGACAGCUGACUGGGCUGCGGCCUGGAAGUGAUUCUGGCUCAGCGUGUGAGUUGGUAACCCAGCCUCAGUGUGCGAUGUGUGGACCUGCCUUGUCCCUGUGUCUGCUGCUCUGGAUGGUGGGAAUGGGAGUUCCCGGGACGCAAGGUCAGGUCACGGCUCCUGCCAGUCUGAGGGCAGAGAUAGGUGAGUCCCUGCUGCUUGGCUGCAACGUCAGCACGGAAACGGGCGGAACCGUCCGGCAAGUGCGCUGGCUCAACAGGCACAACAAGGUCCUGCUGGCGUACCAGCCAAACGUGCCGGUGGUCGUCAGCCAUCAGGAACCCGACGUGCAGCUCACCGCCUCCCACAAUGACGCCAGCUACAUCACCAUCAAGAGGGUGCAGCCUGAUGACGAGGGCUGCUACCGAUGCAUCUUUGAUGUUUACCCUAUUGGCCCGCUGGAAGGCACCACGUGCAUCAGCAUCACUGGCAAAGUGCACCUAGAGGGCAACAAGACGGCCGUGAGCGGGAUGCCGGCCACCCUCUCCUGCUGGUACAACCUCCCCGAGAGGGUGCUUCAGGUGCUGUGGAGGAAGACGGCCGAGCAGGGAGACACCACCACCGUGGCCUCCUUCACCAAGCGCGGCCACCAGAAGACCGAGGAGCAGUACAGGGGUCGGGUUAGCUUGAGCCGGACCCUGGGCGACACCCAACUGACCAUCCAGGCGGUCAAGACGGAGGACGAGGCGUGCUACACCUGCGAGUUCCACACAUACCCAGACGGCAGCAGAAGAGACACCGCCUGCCUGUCUGUUUACGUUUUACCCAAACCAGAGGUGAGUCACGUGACCUCGCCCUCGGGGGUCGCUGAGGCAAACUGCACCGCCCGGUCCCGACCUGCAGCGGAGAUCACGUGGAACAUCGGCGGGGACAACCAAACACUUGGACCGCCCAUUUCAUCCGCCUACGACCAGGGCGACGGCACGACGCUCGUGACUAGCACGCUGUUCUUCCAAUCAGCGCUGCUCAAUGAGCUGUCCGCCAAGUGCUUCGUGCACCACCCGGGUUUGGAGAAACCCCUGACAGUGUCCCUCAACACAAACAUGGGUCCAGCCAUGGUCAUCCUCCUCUCAGUGUGCGGUGUGGUAGCGGUCCUCCUCCUCUGUCUGUGUGUGUGUCUCUGCAAGUGCUUCAUCUGUACUGACGACUGAUUCGGAGGCCCGACGUCGCCGCUGCUUUAAUGAAGGUCCAGCGGCGCUCUGAGCCUGACCUAGCUGCUCAGCACCGUGCCCUCCAGCUCAGCGAGCAGAAGAAGGGAACAGAGCUUUUUACAGAACAGAGCCAACGCUGCUGGUUCUGCUUCCACGAGCUGGGCAUGAAACACAUUUCUUUUGACAUUUACCACAACGUAAACAGAACUAAAACCACAUUAUUUAAUGCUACAUGUUACACUUACAGUAUAAAGUGUAGUGAUGGUUGUGUGUGUGUGUGUGUGUGUGUGUGUGUGUGAGAUCAAUUCUCAGAUGUGAUAAGUUAUAUAUGUAUAUUUUUUCUAUUACCCAAUUAGUGGAGUCAGUGAGACAACCAUUUUUAUAAACUAUUGUAGAAAAGAAGGAUGAUUAAAAGGACGCUGUGCCAAUACUGAGCUAGACUUACAAGUUACAGGAAAGGAGGCUAAAAUCUGACUUUUAGUGAACCAGCCCUGCUGUGACUCAGACUGAAAGGAUGUAUUUGAGUGGGGAAUAAUGAAAGGUUUGUUAUUUAUAGCUGCCGUGUUGCGCGGGACAGAGAAGGGUGGUCGACUUGUAAGCUUCGCUCGGUGGUUAACACUGCCUCAACAAUGAACCCUGCAGCUGUGAAUCACUGUUUGAGUGAGACGGAGUGUGUGUUGUGACAUUGUUGUACAGUAUUUCAUGACUUACAGAGCCGCGCUGUAGGAAACACCAGUGUUACAAUCUAACUUUUUAUGGGCUGUGUAGAGCAUAGUAAGGUUUGUUGAAAAUAUCAUUUUAAUCUCAUUUAUCAGGAAAAAAUAUUUUCUAAUAACAAGUUGUUGGAUGGUUAUUCAGUAAUUACCUGUAUAUAAAGAGGAUUAUAAGGAUUAAAUGUUAAUAAAUGCCUAUAUUGAAGUUAAAAAAA